AUGACAUCUGUUGUAACUUCACUGGCGAAGGCUUUGCCCAAGCCAAAAUACACUGGCGAAUAUGAGGAAUUACCUAGUCAAUCAAGAGGUCCACGAAUCCUCGGUCCUGGAUCUCUAGAUGAGACACAGGUAGUCCUUAAGCGAAAUGGACCUCCAGCAUAUGGAUUAAGAGCAGGAUGGCGCCCAAGGUCAGCGGAGGACUACGGCGACGGCGGGGCCUUUCCGGAAAUCCCGGUGGCCCAGUACCCUCUCGACAUGGGCAAAAAGCCUUCUUCGUCAUCAAAUGCUUUGGCUGUGCAAGUAGAUGCGGAAGGCAAGGUCAAGUACGACGCCAUUGCUCGGCAAGGCCAUAAUGACAAGCGGAUUGUCCACACCAGUUUUCAGGAUCUGAUUCCGUUAAGACAAAGAGCGGAUGUUGGGGAGAUAUCCUUGGAUCGGCCGUCGGAAGAGGAGAUCGCUGCGCAGACGGAGAAGACCAAGGAUGCUCUGGCAAAACUGGUUUCUGGAGCUGUAGCUGCGCAGAAGCCGAAGAAUGUCAAGGGCAUCACCAGGAAUGAUCCUACAUACGUCCGCUACACCCCGGCAAAUCAAAUGGGAGAUGUGACCCGCAAGAAUGAUAGGAUUAUGAAGAUCGUAGAGAGGCAACAAGAUCCCAUGGAGCCCCCAAAAUUUAAACACAAGAAGAUCCCCAGGGGCCCUCCUUCACCGCCGCCACCAGUCAUGCACUCGCCACCACGAAAACUUACUGCAGAAGAUCAAGAGGCAUGGAAGAUCCCUCCUCCCAUUUCGAACUGGAAGAACCCCAAGGGAUACACUGUGCCAUUAGACAAGCGCUUAGCGGCCGAUGGUCGCGGCUUACAGGACGUUACCAUUAACGACAAAUUCGCCCAAUUUGCAGAAGCUCUAUUCACUGCGGACCGCCAUGCUAGGGAGGAGGUGAAGCAACGCGCGGCCAUGCAGCAGAAGGUCGCAGAAAGGGAAAGGAUGGAGAAAGAAGACCAAUUACGUAUGCUUGCACAAAAAGCUCGUGAGGAACGAUCGAUGGCUGGGAGACGUACAUCACAUGCAAGGUCCGCCUCUGGUAGUAGAAGUCGACCAUCCUCAUACAGUCGGUCAGACAGCGAGGACGAAGCUACAAGGGAACGAGAACAGAUGCGGCGGGAGAGAAGGCAAGAGAAUGAGAAGCAACUUCGCCAGUCGCGCAUGGGCACGGAACGCCGAGUCCAAAUCUUAGCAAGGGAGCAAAACAGAGAUAUUUCCGAAAAGGUGGCUUUGGGCCUAGCCAAGCCUACACAAUCAUCAGAAUCGAUGUGGGAUUCGCGUCUCUUCAACCAGACCAGUGGAUUCGAUACAGGAUUCAACGAAGACCAAGCCUAUGACAAGCCUCUUUUCGCCGCUCAAGACGCUAUCAGCAGCAUAUACAGGCCUCGUGCGAAUGUGGAUGAUGAUGACGACGAGGAAGCUGGGGGAAAGGAGUAUGACAAGAUUGCGAAAAGCAAUCGAUUCGAAGUGCUAGGGAAAGCAAAGGAGGGAUUCAAGGGCGCGGCUGAUGCGGAGGUACGAGAUGGUCCGGUGCAAUUCGAGAAGGAUGUUUCGAACGCCACGGAUCCCUUCCAUAUCGAUGAGAUGAUAAGGGAUGUGACGGGAGGCGCAGGUGGGAACAAGCGGUACGGGGUGCAGGAGGCGGAGGAGAGGGCGUCGAAGCGUGCGAGAGUAGACGAUGACGAUCGAUGA